GGUUCCAAUGUGCUUGGCAAUCAUAAGAUAAUAUUGAAUCAUAAUAUUUUAGUUAGGGUGCUUUAGCUUUACAUAGAAUUACAUAGAAUUUAAUAGAAUUUCCUUUUUGAAAAUAACCUUAAAUCUAAUAGCAAGUGCAACUGAGAUUUUAUUUACUGAGUUUUGCCUUUCCAGGGUGACCUUUUUUCUUUUAUACUGUAUUAUUUAAUUUCUACUUGUGUGUAAAUGCUUGCUCCAGCAAGUGGCACCUUGUGUAUGUGUGUACAUGUAUAUGAAGAAUCUCCUCUAAUAAAAUAAAAUAUGUCACCUUCCUUUUGCUUUCGUCCUGUUCUUCCAUUAGAUUGAGAGACUAUCUGCCACCUUUAAUUUAGACAUGGCCAUAAAAUCUCAGAGGUUUAAGUAUACCUCUAAAAGUUAGUCUAUUCCCCUUGCCUGGCCAGUCGUCUUGGAAGCUGUACUUAAUGAGUACAGGAGCUUUGUGUUUCAAAACAUCUAAUUAGGCCACAGGCGGAGUGGAACUCAUAUGGGUGGCGGACGCAGGUGCCGACGGCGGGGCUCGGUGAGAUCCGCUGUCGGUGGCGCGCCCCAGGUCACGCGGGCACCGCACGCCCCAGGUUCGGGUGGAGACGCCAUGCCUGCGGUUACAGGGCAGAGACGCCCACUACACAGGUUCUCCCUCAAUGUUCCUUUCCCGUCUCCCAGGCAGGCAGAGAUCGCCUGCCGCUCCCUGGCCCCAGAUGCCGAGCCCCACCGAGGGGCGAUCCAGAAGGAGCUCACAGUGGUCGGGAGUGCCCUGGCUGUCCAGUGGACUGCUGAGGACCCUCGCCCCUGCAAAUUUCCAUCCUGAACUUUCUCGACCAGCUUUCCCUGGUGGUGAGAACCAUGCAGCGGUUCGGUCCCCCUGUUCCCCGCUAAUCCUGGGCAGGGGAAAGGGGUCUGAGGUAUGACCUUGUGCCCCCUCCUGGGCAGUGCCCCUUCCCUAAGGCAUUGAUUCCUAGAGUAGUUGCCAUUUUCUUAUUGGAGCCUAAUUUUUGGCCGCAUUGGCCCUUGGAUGAUGGGGGCCCACUUGUUUUAUUUGGUGUUUAAAUGUUUUUACCGCAGAAAAUAAAAACGAACUACUAUCCAGAGUUUCUUUUCAGCUACUGCACCUCCAGAUUUUCUUGCCUUUAUUCUGGGGUUGCAGGAGAGGUUCUGUGAUUCAGAUCUUCAAGUAGUCAAGGUAAUGUGCUAUGUAAUGUAAGACUAUAUUAAACAUAUAGCAAUAAUGUAUAAUGUAUAAUUUUUUGCAAGUUUACUAUUAAAUUUUUUUCCUGAUUUUUUUUCAUUUAAUGUGAGAUUUUCCUCUUUCUGAAAAUUCUGCAAAACACAUUGAAUGAAUGUAUCAAAGAAACAUUAUAAUGUAAUUGUUGACCAUUUAAAUAAUUUCCAGUUUACCCCUAUAGUAGGUAAUGAUUCAAUGGGAUGCUUGUAUAUAAGUCUUUGCAUGAAUAGUUAUUUCCUUAAGAUAGAUUCCAAAAGGUAGAAUUACUGAGUUAAAUAUUUUCUAUUUUUAAUUUUAAGGCUCUUGAUCCAUGGCAUAAAAUUGCUCUCUAGAAAUUGUGCCCUCCCACCAAAAUUCUGGUUUGUCCACAUCCUUUGUCACCAUGGGGUCCGCUUAAUGCCAGAAACACUGAAGUAGGAUUUUGUGUGUCUUUCUGCCUUGCUUCAGAUCAGUGAAGAAAAGCAUUAGGACAGUUCCUUAAGGGUUGGGGGGAGAAGUUGGAUCCCUCUAAAAUAUCUUGUAUCCUGCAACCUUGCAAAAUAUGCUUAAUAGUUUUA